AUGAAGAGGGCAGGGCCAGGCGCCGAUCAAGCCGACCCCAGCUCUUCCGAUUCCUCCAGUUCUGACUCCGAGGAUGAGGCACCCUAUGCCAAGAAGAACCUUGUCGACAAAGGUAUGAACCAUGAUCAUACCCUUUUUUGGUUAAAUUCUGGAUGGCUGCAGUGGAAGUGACCGACGGAAAGAACUAUGAUCAUACCCUUUUUUGGUAAAAUUCUGGAUGGCUGCAGUGGCAGUGACUGACAGAAGUGGAGUGGAUUGGGGGGUUUCUUCUUCUUCUUCUUCUUCUUCUAAUGAUGAUUAUUGGUUCUUUUGUGCAGCUGAGGCUGGGAAGAAGAGGAGGGGGGUUCUCGACUAUGGCGCGCUCAGCCGCCAUGGCUACCGAGGGGGGCUCUCUGUUCUGAGGGUGCCGCCGCCGAAGGCGGCCGACGAGGGCAAGCCCGACUGGUCCUGGUCCAACGGCAAGCGGAAGGAGGGGGAGGAGGAGUCGUACGAGGAGCGGGAGCGGACGAGGGCCGCGGCCAAUGCGGCGGCGGUGGCAGCAUCGCAUGGGGGCGGCGGCGCCGCAGCGGCCACCGGCGGCGGGGGGAGGGAGAAGGGCGGGAAGUCCUUCUCGCAGAAGGAGAAGCGGAAGAGGGACCUCGGGCAGGCCAGCCGGGGGAAGAACUACGUCGAGGAGGAGAAGAGGCUUCUGAGGGACAGCGGCGUCUACUCCGGCUUCGAUUCCUGA